UUAACAAUGCAGCGAGUGUCCAACUUUGUGCUGCAUUUCUGAUCCUGCCUGCAGUCUGGGGAGAAAAUGGAGGCUCAUUUCAUCAUAUUUACCCACUCUCUCCGUCUCUUCUGAACCCUCCGCUCGCCUCCUCGCGCUCUCCAGCCGAGAUACGGACUUUACAAAGUGUCGGUGUGACGGGAUUAACCUCCAAUCUGAGUUAUUCUUGCUCCUUCUAUCACAUGGCGGAGAUUGGCAGCAUCAUGGUUUGGCUCCGCGGUGCCCUCGUGACCGGCUGCAUUUCCUGGAAUAAGCUGGAACCUGAGCCUUGAAAGCCACACCAUGGAAUGUCUGUAGUACCACACCUCAGCGUCAUCCAGCCCACCAGCAUCUGCAGGAAUCAGACACAAAGAGAGACACAACAAAACAAGGGACACAGAGGAGGACUCUACAAUCUGUGCCUCCAAUCUGUGCUCCUGGAGACUCUGCACUAUUUAGGUCAGCCAGCUUGAAAGGGAUCUUUUGGAGGGUGUCGGGGAGUGUGUGCCAGCUCGUGUGUGUGUGUGUGUGUGUGUGUGUGUGUGUGUGUGUGUGUUUCCCUUUUAGAGUAGGUGCCUGCCCUGGGCACUGAGGCCAUGAGGCCCAAGACUUUCCCUGCUGCCCCGUAUGUGGGCAACACACGCCAGCGGCUCCAGGAGAUCAAGGAGGGUCUGAAGCAGCCGGCCAAGCUGGUGAGCCAGGCCCUGCACGGGGGCAGCUCCCGGACAGAGGGCGGCAGAGGGGCCGACUGCAAGAGCGGGAAAGACACAGCCAGCCGACAGCAGCAGCUCCGACCCCCGCAGAAGUUCAACAACUACCAGAAUGCCUUGCGGGAAAUCCGCAAGUCCCUCAUGCCCUUCGCCAACGAGUCGGGCCCAUCUUCUGGGUCAGGACACCCUGCAGGCGCCGGGGAGGUCAACCGGCAGAUGCUGCAGGAGCUGGUCAACGCCGGCUGCGACCAGGAGAUGGCAGUGCGGGCGCUGAAGCAGACAGGAAGUAGGAACAUUGAAGCGGCCUUAGAGUACAUAAGCAAAAUGGGUUACCUCGACCCUCGCAAUGAGCUCAUCGUCCGUGUCAUCAAGCAGACUUCACCAGGAAAAGCCGGCAUGCCAAACUCAAUGGACCACCGACCUGCACUAGAGGCUCCAGGUGAGGCAGGUGCCAUGCCUCCGUACCACCAGAUGGGGGCUCCCAUGUAUGAGGGUGCAGGUGGAUACGGUCCUGAGGGUGAGAUGCCCAGACCCUACAUGAGCGCUCCCCCUGUAAUGAACUACAUGAUGCCCCCGUCUGGUGCAGCACAGGGCCCUGCUAUGGGAAACCCAAUGGGACGACCUCCCAGUAUGGGCACCUAUCCACCAGUGAUGGCCACCCAGAGCAACCCAGCCAACCCCAUGUACCCUCCAGGGGCCCAGCAGAAGGGCUACCCUGGCAGCAUGGAGCAGCACGGGCCCAUGAUGAGCUACAACGUCCCUGGCCAGCCUCUGCAGCUCCAGCCUCAGCCACCAGGGGGCCCUGUCCCAGGCCCACACUAUGACUACGGCCACACCAGGCCGCACAUGAUGGAACCCUCAGGCUAUGGAGUCAAGAGGACUGCCUCCUUCCAGAACAAGAUGGCACCGCCCCCAAUGGCGCCCCCAGACAAUUAUGUCAACAUGCAGGGGAAAGGGGCCAUGGGCCAGAACGGUCCAGGAGGAGCAGGGGGAGGGUAUCCUGCAAACCUGUACCUGCCAGCGCAUUCCCACCCGCGCCAGGCCAGCCCCACCUCCCAUCAGGUCCACAUGAUGUCACGCUCCCCAGGUGCGGUGGCAGCCAUUGGUCCUGACUUCUCCGACAUGCCCCAGGGCUUGAUGACUCCAUCUAGGGCCAGCCUCAAUCUGGACCUGUAUGAGCACCACUGGGCGGGGCCUCCAGGGCCUGAAGGGGCCCCUCAAGCCAGGCAGCCUCAGCCCCAGGGCCCAUUCAGGGGGGAGGUGCGUGUCCCCAGCAGAACCAACUCCUUCAACAGCCGCUCUGCGGGGCCCGGUGGGGUCCGGCCUGCGAUGGCUGCCCCCCCUCCAGCUGGCAAACAGGACCCCUCCCUCGGCCCUCCAAACACCAUCACGGCUGUGACAUCACCGCCCAUCCAACAGCCGGUCAAGAGUAUCCGUGUGAUGAGGCCAGAACCCAAGACGGCUGUGGGGCCGUGUCACCCGAGCUGGAUGACCGCUCAGGGGCAGGAUGCAGCAGAGCCGCUGGCCUACAUGCCAGAGGAGACCUACUCUCUGGAGCCUGCUCAGGAGCCACGCUGCCCACCACCACCGUACCCCAAAAACCUGCUCAUGUCCGGGGCAGAGGAAGGAGCCGGAGUCAUGUGUGGAGCUCAGGACCUCAGCAGCACUGCCACCAGAAGCCAACACGGCGGCAGUGGAGGGAGCGGAAAGGGCGAGGAGAGCCAGCAGGUCAAGGAGAAGACGAAGGUGGGCAAGGGAGAGAAGACGGUGAAAGACAAGAAGCAGAUCCAGACGUCCCCUGUUCCGGUGAGGAAGAACGGACGUGAUGAGGAGAAGAGAGAGUCGCGCAUCAAGACCUACUCACCUUUUGCUUUCAAGUUCUACAUGGAGCAGCACAUAGAGAAUGUGAUGAAGACCCACCAGCAGAAACUGAACCGCAGGCUUCAGCUGGAACAAGAGAUGUCCAAGGCCGGCCUGUCGGAAGCGGAGCAGGAGCAGAUGAGGAAGAUGCUGAACCAGAAAGAGUCCAACUACAACAGGCUACGCCGUGCCAAAAUGGACAAGUCCAUGUUUGUUAAAAUCAAGACACUGGGCAUCGGUGCUUUUGGAGAAGUGUGUCUCACACGUAAAGUGGACACGGGUGCACUUUAUGCCAUGAAAACACUGCGCAAGAAAGACGUCCUCAACCGCAACCAGGUGGCCCAUGUGAAAGCAGAGCGUGACAUCCUAGCGGAGGCAGACAAUGAGUGGGUGGUGCGUCUCUACUACUCCUUCCAAGACCGCGACAGCCUCUACUUCGUCAUGGACUACAUCCCCGGAGGAGACAUGAUGAGCCUGCUCAUCCGAAUGGGCGUCUUCCCCGAACCUCUGGCGCGCUUCUACGUGGCGGAGCUGACGCUGGCCAUUGAGAGCGUCCACAAGAUGGGCUUCAUCCACCGCGACAUCAAGCCCGACAACAUCCUCAUUGACCUGGACGGACACAUCAAGCUGACGGACUUCGGUCUGUGCACAGGCUUCCGCUGGACGCACAACUCCAAGUACUACCAGAAAGGGAGCCACGUCAGACAGGACAGCAUGGAGCCCAGUGACUUCUGGGACGACGUGUCUAACUGUCGCUGUGGCGACCGGCUGAUGACGUUGGAGCAGCGCGCCAACCGGCAGCACCAGCGCUGCCUGGCUCACUCCCUGGUGGGAACACCCAACUACAUCGCGCCUGAGGUGCUGCUGCGCAAAGGUUACACCCAGCUGUGUGACUGGUGGAGUGUGGGAGUGAUCCUGUUUGAGAUGCUGGUGGGACAGCCGCCCUUCUUGGCCCCGACACCUACUGAGACUCAGAUUAAGGUCAUUAACUGGGAGAGCACACUGCAGGUGCCCGCCCAGGUCAAACUGAGCCCCGAAGCCGUCGACAUCAUCGGUCGACUCUGCUGCUCCGCUGAGGACCGUCUGGGUGCUAACGGUGCCGGCGAGAUCAAGGCUCACCCCUUCUUCACCCAGAUGGACUUCUCCAGCAAUCUGCGGCAGCAGCCGGCCCCCUACCGGCCCAAGAUCGCCCACCCGAUGGACACGUCCAACUUUGACCCUGUGGAGGAGGAGGGCGGCCCCGGGGCAUGGAGCGACAGUGGGGACAGCACCCGGGCCUUGGACACGCUCUGCUCCCCACACGGGAAGCACCCGGAGCACGCCUUCUAUGAGUUCACCUUCCGCAGAUUCUUCGACGACAACGGCUGCCCCUUCCGCUACCCUAAACCGCUGGAGGCCAGCGAUGUGUCCCUGAGCAUGGGCCCAGAGGAGGAGGACGAGCAGGAAGAGGAGGAGGAGGAAGAGGAAGAUGAACAGGAGGAGGGAGAGCAGGGGGAGGGAUGUGAGCCGGUGUACGUGUAGAGCUGCAGACUGUGUGUCUAUUACUGCCGAUUUAACGCUCAUCAUUCAGCUCAUGACCUUCCCGCCUCCUGCUGCCCUCCUCCUGUGUAUGUGUGUAGAGAUGUGCACGCCACACAGGUGUGUCUGUGUGUUGAUGCAGAUCUGACAUGUGUGAUUGUAAAGUUGCAGGAGCAGGACUGAUGAACAUCGCCACCUUGUGGAAUCUAUAGCCCAUCCACAGUGACUUCAAAUACAAAACUCCCCUGAUCCGGGACCAAGAGACAACAUUGUGUGUGUGACUGAGUGUGUGGAGAGUGAAGCGGUCAGAAGAGUGAGACUCAGAAACUGUGCAGACUGAAAGAAGAAUAUUCUUGGGAAUGUAAGGAUGUCUGGAUCACAUGCAAGAUUUCGAGGACUGCUCCUGGUUCUUCCAGCGGUUUCUUGUCCCAUUCCUUCCACCCUUGUGUCUUACGGACGACUGAAACCUCUCCGCGGUGAUCUUCUGACGCAGGAGCUGCUUCCUGUUCUACCCGAGCUGCUUUACACUCGAAUAUCGGACACGGCAAUGUGAAGAGUGGAACCAGUUUACUCUUUGAUUGCAGGGGAGGUGGGGAAGUGGGGAGGGGGGGACUGAACAAGCAACACGCCUCUUUCACAGCUGCUGCAAAAUAAGCUACAAAGACACAUUGCAUGCACGUGCACACACACACUCGCACAGUUUUUCAGUACAGCUCAGUCGUAAAGGAUGAAAAGCAGGUAGAUUUCAGUGUCCAGAUUUCAAGACGUUGGCUCAGAAUUGACAAAUUGUCUAAGAUUCCUCUGACACAGAGAAAUAGUCGAGCAGGUGUGUUCUGGGCGUCAGUUUUUACAUUUCUGCACUUGUCGCAGAUCAAACUUUUUUGCUCCAUCUUUCUUUUUGUACCCACAGCUGCCUCAUUUUGUAAUUCAGUGUGAUAUUUUGUCCCUAAGAUGGAGACCUGACCCUUCUUCCCUCUGAGGUUGCUGUUACAAAUAUUCUUGUGUUCAUGAUACUGAUACUCUGUUCUAACUGACCAUUUCAAAGCUCACCUCCCAAAAGCAUCCUCACAUCUGCAGAAUUAAGAUGAGGCUCUAAAGAUCCAGUCUGAUUGUGUUUGAGGGCCUUUUCACACCUGAAAGUCCAAACCAAGGUUCAGAUUUUUGUUUUUUGAUCUGGCUAUCUUUGGUUUCCUCUUGUAAGUCCUGUCAUUAUGACCUACGUUAGCUGCGUCUCGAGAAACUUGACGUUGACUGGUUUGAAGAAAGACUCUUGUCUGCUCAUACUCUUGAGUUUUUGUGAGGUUUUUCCAACUUACUCUUCAUAAAGUCGCCUCCUCCUCUCCCAUAAGCCACCACGGCUAAUUUUGUUAUGCUCAUGGACAGACUGAAACCUGCACAUUCACUACCAUUUGACAACUUUGCUGGUUUCUUCUCUGCUCCGAUAGCCAACACCUUUCUACUCUGAGCACAGCCACGGUCACUCUGUCUCUAAACCUCGAACAAACUACGCACUGAGGCCCUACAAUACUCUUCAUCUCUUGACGAUAGCCUGCCAAAACGUUUCUGUAAUCGGUCAGAAAGUCUGAACAUCCGAAAGAACAUUUCACACCAGAAACAAACCAAACCAUGGCUCAGUUUGAUCCAGAACGAGACCACCUUACUUUGUCCGACAAACGUUCGGCUGUUUGGUUCGUCCAAUCGUCCAGGGGAGGUCUGACACCUGAAAAUGUAGUUUGGAUCAAACUGAAAAGGAAGAGGAAGGUGUGAAAGGGCCCUCUGUUGGAUCAAAGACGGAACCACUGCAAGGUUUAUUGAGCCUGACAUGCAGCGAAUAUCUGCUCAUCAAUCACAGAAAGAAUCAGAUCAAGAUAGCAAGAUAAACAUUUGUGCUUGUUCAAAUAUACUUCUUGUUUACCAAGGUGGGACACAGAGGACACACAGUUGAGAACUGAUAAAUAGAGUGAAACCUUAUUUAAGAAAAUUUAGAGAUCUCAGAGCCAGGACCCUGACAGACCUGAAUUUGUCGGGUCAGACGACGCUGAGUUGGUUUCUGACUGAGAAUCAAAGCUCAAACACACACACACUUACAAACACAUAUAAACACACAUAAACACACGUUCACCAAGAUGCACAAUUUCACAGCUAUUUUGCAAAGAUGAGUUGUAACUUAACCAGCCUCCUCUUAUCGUCUGGAGGCAGUCAUGAAAACACAAAGCGACAUGUUCUUACAACAGCAGACAUGUGAUAGUAUGACUAUGUGCAAUACAAAAAAAUACAUUAUAUAUAGUUUUCUAAACACUUAAUAUCCUUUUUGAACGUUUUAGUACUGAAAUGUACAAAUAUAUUGGUUUAUAUAUAUUUUCUCUUUUCAGUUACAACAUGCUGCUUAUUAUUGUGGUUAAUAUUAUUUACAUUAUUAUUAUAAUUGUUAUUACCUGUUUUUCUUUUUUGUUAUGGCUUAAAGAAGUGUUGGCUUCAUCGCCAAGUGUGCUUGGGGUUUUUGAAAGUAAUGAGCCGUGUGCGUUUUUAAUUGAAUGUUGGAGUGCGUGUCGCCGCUUGAUGACGAAGGAGACGACAGUGAUGAUGAUGAUGUUGAUCCGUGUUUGCAGAUUAAAGAUGGUAGACCCUUCAGCUUCUGCAGCCGGGCUGGUCCUGACUGCAGGAGAGGAGGGUUCAGGUUCAGAAGAGAUGGAACAGAGUAGAUAAAAGUUAGAGGAAGAGGAGGAGAGGGGCAGGUGGGCUUCAGGAAAUGUAAUUUGAAUAAAGAAUGAAUAGCAGAGGUGUGGACUCGAGUUAGAUGACUUGGACUUGAGUCACAAAUUUGAUGACAACAUCAAAAAAGACGUCUAAACUGACUUGGAUUUUAAUACCAAUGACUCAUCACUUCACUUGGACUUGAGUCCUUUGACUUAAAAUUACGUGAUACCUUCCCUAAAGAGCAAGACAGCCACUUCCUGGAUCCAUGUGCGAAGGGGUUAUGACGUCACUGAUAGGCGACGCUGACAAAUGACAAAGACAGUGCCCUUGAUUGGAACUUUCUCUGGGUUUGAACAUUGUUAGAAAUCUUUGGGAUAAGUCGUUUUUGACAUUUUAAUGUAAAGUUAAAAGUUCAGUCCCACUUGUUUUCAGAAACAAGUAAAGAUUCUAAAAAUCAUUAAUUAUUUCUUGUAAAUUUAAUAUAUGAUUGCUCUGUUGCGAAAAUGGAAUUACAUUUGGUGAAAAGCGCAUUAUGACUUGUUAAGGAUUUGACAUUCAAAGUUCAGGACUUGCAACUUGACUGGAGUACAAAGACUUGUGACUUGCAGAACACUGACUCGGUCCCACCUCUGACGAAAAGCUUUCUCUAUUUUACAAACCAGCAAAUGGUUCAAACCUUCAACAACGAGUUGGUGUUUGGUACAUUUUCUUUAUUUAUCCGAAACGACCACACGUUCGAGUGUUGUUUAACUUUUACUACAGACCUGUGCCAUGUUCUGUAUUGACACCAUCAUCCAGAACCUUGUUGCUUAUUGACAAUCAGUAAACAGUAACUGCUCUCUUUGUGUCAAACCGUUUGGUCGAUGAACACCAAACCCUUCCAACAGUAUUCUGAAUUUGACUUUACUGACUGAAGAAGUCAGAACCUUUUUAAGUCUGAUGUGUAACUGGCAGAAUGAUGGAAAAAUGUGUGGAUCAGAUUUGUUACAGAUUUGUUUUGUUUUAUUUUGCUUGACAAUGUAUUGAAAGUUUGUUGUUUUCUGUAAAUGUGCCUUGUUUUGAAAAGUGAGCAGCACAAUCUUAAACGAUUGCCUUCUUAUCAUCAUCAUCAUCUUUAUUCACACACCUCUGUUAUCUGUUAUUAUUCUUUAUCUGGGGAAGUUGUUUCACAUCUGCACUGGCUUUGUUUACAUGCACAUACAAUCUUAUUCUAGUCAGUGACUUGCGGUAAAUAGAAGCAGAUAAGGCAGAAGUUGAGGGAAUGUGGGCAAAACAAUAAAUGAGUACUUACAAUUAAAGUUAAUCAAAGAUUUCCAUUUCAUUUGGCGGCACCGAUUGCAAUAAGCAGUAAUUGCAGUUAAUUGCCGGUGUGACGUCUGUCAGGUAGCAGAAGGUCAAAUUGGCAUCCAUUUCUUUGGAUUUGCACUUGUUUUUGAAGUUCGUCAUCGUCUGUUGUCAUCGCUUUCUUCUUCGCUUGUUCGGCCAUAAUAACUGUUUACUUGGAACGCUAGUAGAGACCAGAAAAAAAGUACACUGCUUCAUACAGAAGUGAGCUGAAGAGCAAGUCUGUUGUGUUAGCCUAACCUCUUUGGCGGUCCAAUCACGGCUGGGUGAUGGGAAACACAUGACUGACAGUGCACCAGUGGGAAUGUCCCUGAAGACAUCCAGUUUGUAAUACUGCAGAUGCAAGGACUUUCAUCCAGCGUCAACUUCCUGGGCUGAAAAUGAAGCCAAUGCGGAAGUGCCAAAAAUCGCAGUUCCCCUAAUGGCCACUAGAGGCUUGCUCUUAGAGUGAGUAGACACCCAUGUUAAUGUGCCUAACUUUACAGCAGAAAUAAACAUGCUUACAGCCUGGUACAAAAACAGUUUUGGUCUCUAUAGCUAAUGUUCUUGUUUGUGACAACUAUACAGGAGAUGAAUUUUUAUAUAACUCAACUAUUUAAAUGUUAUUAAGGCUACAUGUGAGGCUACUUUGAGUUACAGGCUGUCUGCGAGGUGUCCCUACAGUCCAAGAUCCACCCCUUGCUCCUUCACAGCUCCACAAAAUAUGGCUACUUCUGGCUCCGAAAAACCAAGAUGGCGACGUCCACAAUGCCAAACUCAAGGCCCAAAGCCAGUCAUCUUGUUACCAGCAUCUAUUAUUUUUAUACACUGUGGCUUUCAUUGGUGGGUCAUUCGCUCAGUCACCAGUGUGUUGCCUCAUUCAUUUAUUUAAAUUAAAAAUCUUGUCCGUUAUUACUUUAAAGACUGAUGAUAUGUAUAAUGGUUGCAACAUAUUGUUUUAGGAAAGCAAAAUAUAGUUUCCACGCUCUGGUCAUGUUUAAACAUAAAGCUGCUGGUUUUAUUGGAGUGUUCAAAUUUAAAAUGUCAUAACACAGACUGACAGAUUUGUUGCAUGGAUAUCCAAAAAAAGACCAACAAGUGCAAUCACUUAUUGAAAGAAUCUUGUUUGGCGUUUGUCAUGAGUGUGUUAAUGGUGGCUCAAACUGGAGUAAAACCAGUGUCCUGCAUGUAAACGAAGCCAGUGUUUCCUGUGAGCCUCCCCGAUAAACUACAGUCUUCUCCAGAGCAGCACCAGAUCCAUUAUUAAUGAAGUGCCUUGCUCAAGGGCGCCAUCAUUAAGCUCAAGGCAGACAGGUGUUGCUCUUUUCUCUUCUCCAUCCAGUUUCUCUCUCAGCUGGUCCAGACGUCCACUUCUCUAAAACUCUCGUUGCCAAUCCACGUCGACCAGUUCGGACUGCUUUGUGACAAAUAGCUUUAUAAGGAGAGCGGCGUCUCUCUGCAGAGUGUGUGAGGUGUUUCCUGUUUCUAAGGUUAGAGAGUGAUGACUGACAAUCUUUGACUGACUUGAUAUCUGAUUUCUUCAUGAGACUUACUUGUGUACCCUAUUUUUCAUUUUGUAUUUUUACUCUAAGGAGCCUCUGGUUGUCUUUGACGCUCCUUAAUGUAUGAUACAAUUCUGUUACUCUUGAAUUUAUAUUUAUACAGAUAUACAUAUUUUUUGUAUCUUUUUCCCCUUUUUUUCAAUUUCCCCUGUGCUAAUGUUCAGAAACCCAUGUCUACGCAGUAUUAUAGAUUAUGUAAUGUGGACAGCUAUCUCUUUUUUUACAUUUAUGUAUGAACUGAGAAUUUGUAAAAAUGCUUUCACAGUCCUUGUGUGUAAAAUGUAUGUAUAAAUUAAAUUAACCAACUUGGA